AAAGAAGGGAAAAAAAUUUAGCAACUUUUUGAAAAAUUAAUUCCAAAAAUUAAAUCCCCAAUUUUGGUAUGAAAAGAUGAGUCUGAAGAAGCUGGCAAUGAUUAUAAAGCCCUAGACAUUCUGAUGCUCUCCGCCCCACUUUGUGUGGUAUUGGUAAAAGUAAAUCUAAAAAAGAAAAAGAGGAGAAAUUUUCAAUUUUUGCAAUGCCUAUAGAUACUGUGGAAGAGAGAGAAAGGGGGAGAUUUUGGCAGAAUUAUAGCCCUAUUAACCAUUAAUUACUUCGAUUAACGCAGCUUGAUCUUCCUCUAUUAUUGGGUUUGCAGAGCAAACCCUUGUGGCGAGGUCACUCAGUAUCAGAUAGUAACAGAUUCACCACCGCAACUCACCCACCCACCUUUCCCUUUUGCCUCUCCUGAUCAAAUUCAAAUUCUUUUUUUUUUUUUUGCACAUAUCUUGAUUCCAAUCCAAUAUUAUUAUUAGGGUUUCCAUUUAUUUUCAAUUUUAAUAACAUUUACGACUGUGGAUUCUUGCUUGGCUAUUCAAAGAGGGGUUUCUGGCGAGGGAUAUUCCAGAUUUCUACGUUAAUUGCUGUGUUUUUUAUACCCUUUUCAUAUUUUUAAUGUGUAUAUAUUUUUUUCUUGUUCUUAAUCGUCGUCUGAUUUCUUGUAAUUUUCUUGAGGAUUAUUAGGUUUUUUCAUAGCGGCUUCCUUAUCUUUUCCCGAUAACUUGGAGAUUAGGUUAUUAGAUACCAUUUUUUGUUAGAGGAUUUUUGUUAAUGGUGGAAUGUGACUGCUAUUAGUCAGUGAUGUUAAAGAAGCAAAGCACUUAUCGUUUCUUCGUUAACUAUCUCUCUACUCCAAAUCAUCAACGACCCUGCCACCAUUUUAGAGCUCUGAUCAUGGCUUAUAUGACCCGUAACGAUUCUUUCUUCAAGGGAUUUCAUAAUCUACCUCAACCGUCUAUGUCUUCCUCGUCUCUUGUUCCUUUUUAUAAGAUCGAUAAUGUUUCCAUUGACAAUAUUAGUAGUGUUAGUUUUGGUUUUAGGAUAAAAAGGGGCGGAGGUGUUGGAUUGACGCUGAGAGGCUGCUCUGACUCUUAUAAGCCCGGGAAUGAAAGCAGGCCUUGUGCAUUUACUGCUCCCCACCAUCAACUGGUGCGUGAUCUCGAGAUUGGUUUGGAAGAUAGCAGCAAAAGCAGCAGCUGCAAUAGUGGUCUAUACGUAAAUGGGCACAGGACUUCUCAAGGUGGAAAGCUUCUUGGCUUCCCUGACUACCCUCUUACUGGAAAAAUUGCCGUGGCAGUUGAUGUUGAUGAGGUUCUUGGAAACUUUGUAUCGGCUUUGAACAGAUUUAUUGCUGAUCGGUACUCUUCCAAUCAUUCAGUGUCAGAAUACCAUGUUUAUGAGUUCUUCAAGAUAUGGAACUGUUCCCGUGAUGAAGCCAACAUCCGUGUCCACGAGUUCUUUAAGACACCAUAUUUCAAGUCUGGGAUCUACCCAAUCCCAGGUUCUCAGCAGGUGCUCCAUAAGUUGUCAAGACUUUGUAAACUGUCUGUUGUGACAUCUCGGCAGAAUGUUAUCAAGGAUCACACAAUUGAGUGGAUACAGAAGCACUAUCCAGGAAUAUUUGAAGAGAUUCACUUUGGCAACCACUUUGCUCUCGAUGGAGAGUCCAGAACUAAGUCAGAAAUAUGCAGGUCCUUAGGCGCAACAGUGCUGAUUGAUGAUAACCCAAGAUAUGCGGUCGAAUGUGCUGAAGCAGGAAUCAAGGUUCUGCUUUUUGAUUAUGAGAAUUCAUAUCCUUGGUGCAAGAGUGAUUCAGCUCAUCAACAUCCCCUGGUCACCAAAGUUCAUAGCUGGGAACAAGUAGAGGAGCGACUAAUUUCGUGGAUUUCUUAGUUAGAAAUGAUUUUGAAACAAUUUGCAAAAACAUUCAUCUAUUCGUCCAUAUAUUUUAACUGAUUCUUGUGCCUGGAAGUGGAACAUUGAAAUGCUUGCCGCCGUUACCUUACGGUGUAGGAAUAUAGAGGCUUUUGGUAAUAUAAGUGUUAAGGAGACCAGCCAAAUAAGGCUCUGGUGAAUGAGCAGCAGCAACAGAAUUAUAAUGGGAAGUUAUGAUCUUGUACAUUUUUCCUUCCUUUUGAGGCAUGUAGAGGAGAUUUAGAACACUAAAUUGCCAAAUGUGACAGAUCACUGCGUGGCUUUUUUCCCCCCUCCC